CUGAGGGGCAGGUGAAGGCGCAGUGCGACGGAGCUGCAGCAGAAAGAGAGAGGCAGGAGUUACCCAGUCGGUCUGCCGGCCCCUGUGCUGCUCUGUGAUUCAGCCUCUGAGCCUCAGAUGACUGAGCUGUGUCUCCUCCUCUACAGCUCUGGAGCAGCCUGCAGCCUUUACACUUUUCUUCAGUUCUUUUAUGAGUUGGAAUGAAUUACUCCUGAACUGAGGCUGCUGUGAUGAGAUCCUCUGUUCUAGGAUCGGUCUGUGCUCUUCUCCUGCUGUUGCGGGAGCCUGCAUGCCUGGGCGAUGAGGUUACCUCCAGCACAGUGAACCCAUGCUGUUACUUCCCCUGUCAGCACUGGGGUGUGUGCGUGAGGUACAGUGAGGACAGGUACGAGUGUGACUGCACUCGCACCGGCUACCACGGAGAAAACUGCACCGUCCCGGAGUUUUGGACCAGAGUGCGUCAGGUCUUCAAGCCAACCCCAGAUGUGGUGCAUUACCUCCUCACCCAUUUCCGCUGGCUCUGGGACAUCAUCAAUCGCACUUUCCUUCGUGAUGUUCUCAUGCGGCUGGUGCUCACAGUUAGGGCCAACUUAAUACCCAGCCCUCCAACCUUCAACUCAAAGUACGGCUACCUAAACUGGGAAUCCUACUAUAAUCGGAGCUACUACACUCGGCUUCUGCCCCCGGUACCGGAUGACUGCCCUACGCCUGUGGGGGUCAAAGGCGCGGCUGGACUGCCUGACCCUGAGCUGCUGGUUGAGAGGCUGCUGAAGAGAAGGACGUUCAGACCCGACCCCCAGGGCUCCAACCUCAUGUUCGCCUUCUUCGCACAGCACUUCACCCACCAGUUCUUUAAGACCUACAAUCGCAUGGGCCUGGGCUACACUAAGGCUCUGGCACAUGGGGUGGAUGCGGGGCACAUUUAUGGAGACAACCUGGAACGUCAGCUCCAGCUGAGGCUUCACAAAGAUGGGAAGCUCAAGUAUCAGUUAAUUGACGGCGAGACCUACCCUCCCUUGGUAGCUGAUGCACCCGUGAAGAUGAGCUACCCCCCUGGGGUUCCCCCCGAGCACCAGAUGGCUAUUGGUCAGGAAGUGUAUGGACUCCUCCCUGGUUUGGGAAUGUACGCCACACUGUGGCUGAGGGAGCAUAACCGAGUGUGUGACAUCCUGAAGGCAGAGCAUCCCAUCUGGGACGAUGAGCAGCUUUUCCAGACCGCACGUCUCGUCAUCAUUGGUGAGACGAUAAAAAUCGUGAUCGAGGAGUACGUACAGCACCUCAGUGGAUACCUGCUGCAGUUGAAAUUUGAUCCAACCCUGCUGUUCAACUCACAAUUCCAGUACAGCAACCGCAUCGCCCUGGAGUUCAGCCAGCUCUACCACUGGCACCCUUUGAUGCCUGACAGCUUCUUCAUUGACGGAGACGAACUGUCAUACCCACAGUUCCUUUUCAACACGUCUGUCCUCACACACUACGGCAUUGAGAAGCUGGUGGACGCUUUCGCUCGUCAGGUUGCCGGCCAGAUUGGCGGGGGCCAUAACAUCAAUGCUGUGGUGACCAGGGUGGCUGUGGGCGCCAUAAAGGAGUCCCGCCAGCUCCGCAUACAGCCAUUCAACGAGUACAGAAAGCGCUUCAACCUCAAGCCGUACACUUCAUUCAGACAUUUCACUGAUAACGAGGAGAUAGCCAGUGUGCUCGAAGAAUUCUACGGUGACAUUGAUGCUCUCGAAUUUUAUCCCGGCUUGAUAUUGGAGAAAACACGACCGCAGGCAAUAUUUGGCGAGAGCAUGGUGGAGAUGGGUGCCCCCUUCUCCCUCAAAGGGCUCCUGGGAAACCCUUUAUGUUCUCCAGAUUACUGGAAGCCCAGCACCUUUGGAGGCAAAGUCGGCUUUGACAUUGUGAACACUGCCACGCUCAAGAGGCUGGUCUGUCUGAACACCAGGACGUGUCCUUAUGUGGCGUUUAGAGUACCAACAGAGGAGCAAUCACAGAGUGGGAAAAGUGACAGUAAAGUAUGGACUGAUGAGCUUGGCUGGGCCAUGAUUCAUGUUGCCUUCACGUACCCUCCGUUCCCAAUAUCCGUUGAGGCUGUUGUCAUGACGACUCUGGAUGACAAGAUACUGGGAGAGAAGCUGCAGUACUACUACAGCAGCAGUGAGGAUGAAGGCAGCGACAACGAGGACGAGGAGGGGGGGAGCAAGACCAUCCGGGACGCUAACGCCAUCGAGCCUGAGAUCGACUACAGCGCCGAUGGAAGUGCUGUCAACACAGGACCAAAGGGUGUGAUCAAUGACUGGAGGAAAUACAAGAAGCUGGAGGUGGAGCAGAAACAAGAGCAGAAGAAGGAGAUGGAGAGACUGAUCAAGAAGCUGUCGAUGACCUGUCGCUCUGACCUCGACCUGGAGAAAGACAAAGACAAACAAAAAGAGCUGCAGGAAAAAAUCAAAGGCAAAAUGACAAUGCAGGAGUACAACAUGCUCCAGGAACAGGAUGAUGACGAAGACUUCCUCCAGCAUUACCGUAUGCAGCGCAUUGAAGAGAUGCGACGCCAGCUCUGCCGCGGGAAACGUUUUGAGCAGGUCUAUGAGCUCACCAGCGGUGAGGACUUCCUGGACGCUUUGGACAAGGAGGAUAAAAGCACGCUGGUCAUGAUCCACAUCUACGAGCCGGACGUCCCGGGAUGCGAGGCCAUGAGGGGCAGCCUGCUGUGUCUGGCGCAGGAAUACCCACUGGCCAAGUUCUGCAGCGUACGCAGCUCGGCCAUCAGCACCAGCGCACUGUUCAGAGACAGUGCGCUGCCCGCCCUGCUUGUGUACAAGGGAGGGGACCUGAUCGGCAACUUUGUGCGGCUCACUGACCAGCUCGGGGAAGACUUCUUCGCCGUAGACCUGGAGGCACUGCUGCAGGAGUACGGCCUGUUGCCCGACAAGCCCUCGCUGGUCCCGAAAACGAUUCGCAAUGGCGCUAUCAUACAGAACAAUGUGAGUGACGAGGACUCUGACCUUGAUAUAGACUAGAGCCAUGAUAUCUAUACACACAUUGUAUGCUUGGGAAACAUAUAAGUACACAGUCUGCAUGGACGUUAGAUCAUUCAAACUUAUUUAUGUGGACCCCAUGUAGUGAUAACGGACUGAGCCAGGAAUGCCAUUUUACUAGAACCAAAAGUAAAUGCACAUAAAACACAGACGUCGUGGUCCAGUGGGCGUUCAGUCAUUCCAUGGUCAACAUGAGUUCUAUUUAAUGAGAGUAAAACUAGCCAUUAUCACUUUCAAUGACCCUGUUGUUGAGCACAGUGAGAAUGCUGUAUGUGUAGGUGAAAUGUUUUGUUGGAGCUGUCAACUAUUUAUUCUUUGUGUUAAAGGACCAGUGAGUAGGCCCUCUCGAUGAACAUAUAUGAAGGGCUCAUUCGAAGCUGAUGAAAAACACAGCGAUUCUUAUUUUCAGGUGAUAAUGCACAAAUGAAAACAUAGUUCUGAAUAUUAUAUUCCAUUUCAAUCAUUAGAUCCUCCCUGAAUCCUACACACUGGUCCUUUAAAACAUUUGCUCGUUUUUUCUCCACGUGCAACCUCUAAUUAUUAUUGUCACUCCCUAGAAUACGUAACCUUAAGUCCUAACUGACUUAAGGUGGAUUUUAUAACUUUUAUAUGUGCUGUACCAUUUCCAAUAGUAUGAAUAAUAAAAGUGUAAAUUCUUUGGA